GAUUUGACUUGUUGACCAAUAAGCAAACCACGAUAUUGUAUUGUUUUCUCGGAUUUCUCCUAAAAAAGCGCACUAAAAUGCUGGAUAAGGUGAAAAACGUUAUCGUAGUGCUCUCCGGAAAAGGCGGUGUUGGAAAAUCCACAGUAAGCACUCAACUUGCACUGGCACUGCGAAGAGAAGGACUUAAGAUUGGUUUGCUGGAUAUAGAUCUAUGUGGACCCAGUGUGCCAUAUCUAUUAGGGCUAGAAGGACGGGAUAUAUACCAGUGCGACGAGGGAUGGGUUCCAAUCUAUUCGGACGAAAGCCAAACGCUGGCCGUGAUGUCCAUUGGAUUUCUGUUGAAGAAUCGCGAGGAUCCUGUUAUUUGGCGAGGUCCCAAGAAGACCAUGAUGAUCCGGCAAUUUAUCAACGAUGUUAGGUGGGAUGAUUUGGAUUAUUUGAUCAUCGACACACCGCCCGGAACUUCAGAUGAGCACAUCACCGUAAUGGAGUGCCUCAAAGAGAUUGAAUGCCAUGGAGCAAUUAUUGUGACCACUCCGCAGGAGGUGGCGUUGGAUGACGUCCGCAAAGAGAUAACUUUCUGCAAGAAAACCGGCAUCAAGAUCAUGGGCAUUGUCGAGAACAUGAGCGGAUUCGUGUGUCCCCAUUGCACCACCUGCACUAACAUCUUCUCCUCAAAUGGCGGUGCUGAAUUGGCCAGAUACGCCCAAGUACAGCAUUUGGGAACGCUGCCCAUUGAUCCACGUGUAGGAGUUUUGGCGGGCAGCACGACAUCCGUAUUGGACGAGCUACCCGACUCCAGCACGGCGGAGGUGUUAAAAAAUAUUGUUGAUAAAGUUAAAUCGAUUACGGUAACCUAAAUAUAACCAAGGAAAAUCCUAAAAAUAAAUCCUAAAUAUUGAAGACAACAAUUUUAGUCUGAAAAUGAAAACCCCAAAACCCAAACCUGAAAACCCAUUCUUAUUUGAAUAUACAAACUCUUUCAAAGAAAGAAAACCCAAAUUGUUUACAUAUCCAACUCCACAAUCAAGUUCUUAACAACUUUUUGUUUUUGUUUAACUUUGGUUUCUUUAUUUUUCUUGUUUUCAAUGUCUUAAAUAUAAUAAUAAAACGGUUAUAAAGGAA